AUGGCGACCGAGGAUUCCUACAAGAAGACCCUGCUUCCCCUGCUCAUACAGGCUUCAGCGUUGUCCUUCGGUUCAUAUACCCUCAAAUCUGGUCGGACCUCGCCCUACUUCCUCACCUCGUCUCUCCUGCACACCUCGGGCUUACUGGGUGCACUGGCGCGUGCCUAUGCCUCAGUAUUGGCAUCUCCUCCGUUCUCGCUGCCGCUGGGAACAGAGGAAGCUGGCUCCGAAGCCGACGGGUCAUUUUCUCCUCACUUCGAUGUCCUCUUUGGGCCGGCAUAUAAGGGGAUCCCCCUGAGUGCAAUCGUGGUCAGAGAGUUGGAGUUCAGUGGAAAACACUUCGCAAAUAUAUCAUAUUCAUUCAACAGAAAAGAGGCCAAGGACCACGGAGAGGGCGGCGUCAUCGUUGGAGCCCCGCUCAAAGGCAAGCGUGUCGUAAUUAUCGACGAUGUCAUAACCGCAGGAACGGCUCUGCGAGAAGCUGUUUCAAUCAUCAAGGCACAAGGCGGGAUUGUGGUCGGCGUAGUGGUCCUGCUGACGCGACAGGAGAGAGUGAGCGACACCGAGCCGAGAAGUGCAAUGAAGGUCGCAGAAGACGAACUUGGUGUUCCAGUCCGGGCAGUACUGAAGUUCGAGGACCUAGUUGAGGCGAUUGAAGCCGGUCAAAUCGCCGGAGUUGGACCACAACAGUUGGAGCAGAUGAAGGCCUAUGGUGAGAAGUACGGAAGCAAGGAUUGA